AUCGAUUAGACGGCCAUAUUUGAUAUUUGCCAGAGUAUCUUGAGGCUGUUGUUUACUACUGUGUUUAGAAAAAGCGAAUUUAUAUUGUGAUAUAUAUAUAACCUACUACUCUUAGUGACAAGAUGGCUACUCCAGCGGUGGAGCAGCAGAAUUCUACAAACCAUGCCAAUCCUAUGAAGGAUAAUAAGGCAGCAAUCAAUUCAAAUGACCAAGGAUGGAAGGCUAAAUUGAAUAUUCCUGAAAAAGAUAUGAGAAUCAGAACCACUGAUGUGACCAACACCAAAGGCAACGAAUUCGAAGAUUUUUGUUUAAAACGUGAAUUACUGAUGGGAAUUUUCGAGAAAGGCUGGGAAAAACCCUCCCCUAUUCAAGAAGCCAGUAUUCCUAUAGCAUUAACUGGAAGAGAUGUAUUGGCCAGAGCCAAGAAUGGAACAGGAAAAACUGGUGCCUAUGCUAUCCCAAUCCUAGAAAGAUGUGAUCCAAACAAAGAUGAAGUACAAGCUAUGAUUAUUGUUCCCACAAGAGAACUUGCUUUACAAACUAGUCAGAUAUGUAUAGAAAUAUGUAAACAUAUCGGAUGUAAAGUGAUGGUCACAACUGGUGGUACAAACUUAAAAGAUGAUAUUAUGCGACUUUAUGAUCCAGUUCAUUGUAUAAUUGCUACUCCUGGUCGAAUACUUGAUCUCAUGAAUAAAAACUUGGUUAAAAUCAGUAAAUGUGGUAUAUUAGUAUUAGAUGAAGCUGAUAAAUUAUUAUCACAAGAUUUUAAAGGAAUGCUAGACAAUAUUAUCAGCUUUUUACCAAAUGAUCGACAAAUCUUACUCUAUUCUGCCACAUUUCCCUGUUCUGUUGAAGAAUUUAUGAGACGUCAUUUGAAUAACCCAUAUGAGAUUAAUUUGAUGGACGAACUAACAUUAAAGGGAGUAACCCAGUAUUAUGCUUUUGUUCAGGAGAGACAAAAAGUCCACUGUCUCAACACUCUUUUCUCCAAGCUCCAGAUUAACCAGUCUAUCAUAUUUUGUAACUCAACCCAGCGUGUGGAAUUAUUAGCCAAGAAAAUAACGGAAUUGGGCUAUUCCUGCUACUAUAUUCACGCCAAGAUGAAUCAGCAACAUAGAAAUAGAGUGUUCCACGAUUUUCGACAGGGUCUGUGCAGAAACCUCGUUUGUUCUGAUCUGUUUACGAGAGGUAUUGAUAUCCAAGCUGUUAACGUUGUUAUUAAUUUUGAUUUCCCUAAACAUGCCGAGACCUAUUUACAUCGAAUUGGUCGAUCAGGGAGAUAUGGUCAUUUAGGUGUGGCCAUUAAUCUUAUUACCUAUGAUGACAGAUUUUCACUACAUAAGAUAGAACAAGAAUUAGGGGCCGAUAUCAAGCCAAUACCUAAACAGAUUGAUCCAGCUCUUUAUGUCAGUCAAUGGCACAUGGAGAAAGACGGGGAUGAGGAGAACCAAUCUGCUGGAAAAUAAACAUCUUCAUUUAAACAUCGUGUGGAGAGAAAGAAACAUCAAAUCAUUAUCAUUUUUAUGCAGCACCAAAUUGUGUGUGUUUUUGUUUAUUUGUACAUAGAUCCACUGUCUUAGUUGAAAUUGGUUUAGAUUGCCUCUAUUUCUUUAAAUCCGAAAUAAAUUCUUUGAUUUUGACUAAGCCACUAUAUAGUUAAAAUAAUUUAAAAGUUAGUAAGAAAAUUAAAAUGGAAAAAUCAAAUUUAAGUGGUAAAACAUGACAACGUCAAAAUUCAAAGGUGGAUUUAUUUUUGAAUUGAAUAACAGGUGUAAUUUGAACUGAUUUCGAAAGAUGUUUGGUGGAAAAACUGUAAGAUACUAAAAAAUUGAGACAUUAAAACUAGGGCGCAAGUUGUCAGACCAUCCAUUCUAAUAAAAGAACAUUCUUUGUCUAAAAGUACCAGUGAAAAACUUGUAGCCAGACAUCGUUAUUUAUUUUUUUGUUGAUUUAAAUGUUGUAUUAUUUGUUUAAAAUGUAAGCUAUUCAUUACACCUUGUUCACAUCAACACUUUAAAAACGAUAUGUUAUGUUAAAGAUUUAAUUUUAAACUAGAAAUAGUGGAUUAUUGUCCGAUGUGUAUGGUAUUGUUAAACUUUGAUAAAGAAACAAGAAGUGUGCGUUAAAAAACAGAACUUAUAUAAAAAGGAUCAGGUGAACUUCACUCAAAUUUGAUGGAUUUUUGAAAGAACUUGCACCUUAUUUUAAUUUUUGAGAUCUGCUCGAUGAAAAAAAGAUUAAAAAUCCAUGUUUAAGAUAAAAAAAAUAGGUACAAUAUAAGCUUUAAAAGAUUUACAACUCACAUUUCACAAUUGGUAUAUUUUUGGUGCUUUUUGAAAUUUGGUGGAUUCUCCUUGCAAAUAUCAACAGUUUAAAAAAAUCAAAAAGCAGAAAAAUAUUCCAUAAUCAUAACUAGUCACAAAAUGCAGUCAUGAAAAUCGGAAUCAUUUCAUUUUUGUUUUUAUUUUUUUUUUUUUUUUGAGAAAACCUGCAGAAAACAAAGUUAGGAAAAGGGGUAAAUUGAGAAGGAAUCAAAACCAAUAAUGAGAAUUGUUUUAAAAGAUAAAAAAAUAUAAAAAUCAAAAAAAAAAAAUUAUGCUCAGAAAGAUCUUUGAAUUUUGUGGGUUUUCUCCAAAUUGAAAAUUUCCAUUUUGUAACAGUUGAAAAAGAUUUUCAAGUAAUGUGGACAAAUAGGUUUCAUUUUUCACAAAAUAAGUUCAUAGUAAGCAGACGUCGCUAACCAUGUCAGAAAUGGCUGAACAUUUUGAAAGCUGGAGAAAUUUAAAUGCCCAGGACAUGUUACAUAUUGGGCUAUAAUUG